UAAAACCAGUCCAAAUGUUUACAACUGACAAAAUAAAAAACGCCUUACAGCAUGAUUUUCGGCCCUUGGCACUUGCCGUACGAUCACAACAAUACGUCAGAAUGGAGCGAAACUUUGGACUGGUGUGGUUAUUCAAACGCUUGCUAAUUCUACAAUAAAACGAUCUAGACAUGAAUUAAAAGACACAACGAGUAGACAAUGUUAACCAUGGAAGGGCUGGAGAUGUCUGCUAUGAUCCCGGCUCUUCAUGAGCUUGCCAGCGCCAACCCAGCGGAAUACGAUGAAGCUGUAAAGAAACCUCGACAAAUCCUAUGUCAAUUCAUUGACAGGAUCCUAACUGACGUGGACGCAGUGUCUCUUGGGCUGAAUAAAAAGUCCACCUCGGAGCCAGCCUGUGUCAUGCUGCUGGAUUUCGUACAGCACAUCAUCAAGUCAUCGUCACUCAUGUUUACCAACCCUGCCUGCCAGCCUGCAGACUACCCGGAUGCCACGCAACGCUGUACUGACUUCAGCAAGUGGGUGUCGCUGCGACUGCUGCGCGUGGCCGCCGCCCCGGACUGCGGCGCCAUCCACGAGCAUGUGCGCGCCGUCCUCUGCUCCCUGCUGCACUCCCUGCUCGUCCGGGCGCCGUUCAUCUUCGCCCGCCUAGCCCACGAUCUCAUUCUUCUAUCGGCCGACCUGGGCGGCAUCCUACGCGCUCACGUCGCCUCCCGCUCGACCAGUCUUUGGCCCGCCGACCUCCAAUCCUUCGCCGCCACCUCGCCAUUCGCCAACCUCAGCCCUUCGCCCCUCGUUCUCGCCUCCCCGUCGGCGCUGGAGUCGCUCGCCGCGGUGACGCUGCACAUUGUCACCGACGUCGCCAGGGGGAUACUCUCCCCCUGGGACCUGAGAAUGUCCUGGGAAGCCGCCUGCUCCAUCCUGGGCCACGGUAACACUCGGCUGAGGACGAUCGCCAUGGUGAUGCUGAGGCGGCUGGUGGAGGUGGGGGGCUUCCCAGAAGAGCUGGGACACCAGUUCUUCACCGCCUUCCUCCACGUGUUGAAGAUCGCUGGAGGCGAGUAUGAGGGGGAGCUGCUCGGCCUGACCCGGUGCGUGUUUGGCCGAGGUGUCGCCCGACUGGAGGACAUGUACCUGACACAGGUGUUUGACUGCGUCUGCACCCAUGCAGAGGCUCAGGGGUCCAACACAAGAACCCCGGAAGCCAGCAGGCCUUUGGGGACAGAGGUAACCCAGUCUCUGUGUCACGCCUUGGACUGGGCGCUGUCGAUGGCCGCCUGCUAUGAGAACGCCGCCCUGCUGCAGAUGAGGCGAGUGGUGGAGGUCUGCAGGACGCUGGCGUGCACUGUGGGAACUGAAACACAAGCUGAAUGCGCGGAGGGUUUCCUGAAGGCCGCACUCAAAGCGGAGAUUGCCACGCUGGUGCUGCAAACCGAGGACGAGCCCGCGCCAGCCAAGAAAGUCUUCAAAGCGGCCCACGGGACGCCGAAAUUGUCACCGCACACCGAAGUGGCCGUACGUGAUGACAGCCAAGUCUGGGCCGUGCUCAGCCACCGCUUGGAGGAGCUCUUGGCAUUCGACUCCGACGCUGAAGAACCCGAGAGCGACAACAGGCUUGUCGCACUUCAAGGCGUCGCGCUCAUCCUCCGACUGGCCGCCGUUUGCUCCUCGCCCACCAGGCAGCCUCCUCUUCUCUGGGUGUCCACUAAGAAUCUUGGUAGGACAUUGCGGAACUGUCAAUCAGUGCUCGAGGACGGGGCUGAACCCGUCACCAACCAGAAGUACUACGAGUCCGCUGUCCAGAUUACUGUGAGAAUUCUUGACUGUGUGCUCUACCUGACCGCGUGCAGCCAAGGCGAGGAUAUGCUCCAGCGGCGUGUGUGCGCGCUCCUGACGCUCCCCUGGGUGUCAGCUCACAAGUUGGCCUCGCCCUUCACAAAUUCGGGCUUGCCCUCCUGGGUCUUGACCUUGGCUCAAAAGCUCCACUUUUGCUUCUCGAGCGAGGUUCAGGCGCAGUGUGUGUCUCUGGUGGCACGCCUGCGCGGCGGGGUGUGCGUGGCCUGGCGUGCGUUUGUAUUCUCUGCGGCCCUGCGAGGUCACGACGAGGCCUUGAAAGUGGCGGCGGUCCGAGCCCUCCCGCUUCUUCUUCGCCAUGUGGAAGCCUCUCGCCACGACCUCAUCACCACCACCGCUUUAUAUCCCAGGCUGGAGGACGGUUCGGAGAAUUUGCUCAGAGAGCUGGCCGGCAUCGUGGGCCAUCUGAGCUGCGUCCAAUCGGGGCUCUCGCUGCUCAGAGACAACGGCGAUCAUCCGGAAGAGCUGGUGUGCCUCGGCCUCUUCCUGACCACGGAACACCCCGGCGGCGCAGCCCCGACCCUGACGGCCUCCUUCGUCAAACCUUUUCUGCCUCUGCUCGGACCGCAGGCCCCAAGUAGCGUCAAACAAGCGUUUCUGCAUGCACUACCUCACCUCUGCCAACACGUGUGUCUGGCUGACGGCAGCGACGACUCCCAGGAGCUUCUCUCCGCUCUCGUCCGUCUCAUCGUGGAUUCCGAUCAGGGUGUCAGAAUAGCCUUUAGCCAAUCGGUGCGCUUCCUGCUAUCGGACCCUUCCGCUGACGACGGUCCUUUGAGCGAGCUGCUUACUGUUCGGCUCAAAGAGGCCUUCAACAACGCCAAAGCCAACAAUGACGACAAACUGCGUCAGACUCUCAUCCUCACCACCGGAGAGAUCGGCAGAGCCUCUCAAGGCAGCUUGGUGUCCUUCUCCCUGCUUCAUCUGCUCCACUGUCUACUGUCCAAGUCGUCGCCCGUGUCUGUGGGAGCCUACACUCAGAUCAGAUUGCUGGCGGCCACCAAAGGAAUCGAGCUGCAAACGCUCUUCAAUCAGCACAAGAAUCCCAUUUGUCAGUUCCUGGUGGAGUCGCUGCACUCGCGUCACUCCUCGGCUCUGAGCAGCAUGCCCCACCAGAGCAGCGAGUCGGCCCAUCAGAGGGAGCUGGUGCUUGACAUCCUGGCUCAGAUCGCGCACGCCUUCGACUUCCCUGACCUCCACCUCUUCCUCUCUCGGACGCUUCAGGUGCUUUUGCCCUACCUGGCCGCCAAGUCCAGCACCACAGGCUCCGCCCUCAUCCGCACGCUGGCCAAUGAGCUGAAGGCCAACCGACGGGAGAUCCUGAUCAACAACUUCAAGUACAUCUUCAGCCACCUGGUCUGCUCCUGCACCAAAGAGGAGCUGGAACGGGCCUUCCACUACCUGCAGAGCGAGACGGAGAUCGAACUGGGUUCACUUCUGCGCCAAGACUUCCAAGGCCUUCACAACGAGCUCCUGCUUUGCUUGGGUGAGCACUACCAGCAGGUCUUCAACGGUCUGGCCAUCUUGGCCUCCUUCGCCUCCAACGACGACCCCUACCAGGGUCCCCGCGACAUCACCACCCAGGAGCAAAUGGUGGAGUAUCUGCAACCUAAGCUCCUGGGGAUUCUUGCAUUCUUCAACAUGCAACUGCUCAGCUCCAGCGUGGGAGAGAAGAGCAGGAAGAAGCUGGCGCUGACCAGCGUGAUGGCUCUGAUGCGACUGAUGGGCCCCAAACACAUCAGCUCAGUGCGGGUGAAGAUGAUGACCACCCUGCGCGCAGGCCUCCGCUACAGAGAAGACUUUCCUCUUCUCUGCUGCCAAACAUGGGAGUGUUUUGUUCGAAGCGUGGAGCCGGCGCAUCUGGGCCCCCUGCUGAGUCACGUGAUCGUGGCCCUCCUGCCGCUCACCCUGCUGCAGCCCAAAGAGACCGCCGCAAUCAUCCGCUUCCUCAUACUGGACAACAGGGAAGAAGUCAACGACUACCUCCAUGAGAUUUACUUCCUGCCGGACCAUCCUGAGCUCAAAGACAUCCAUACUGUCCUGCAGAACGACAAGAAGUUGACAGCCAGCAACAGCGACCUGGCGUCUGCGCUGCAGCUUUCCAUGAGAGCCGUUCAGCACGAGAACGUGGACGUCCGCAUCCAUGCGCUGACCAGCCUCAGAGACAUGAUGCACAGCAACCAGGAGUGGCUGUCGAGGCAAGUGUGCGCCAGUGAGUCGGUGGAGCCGGUCAUCUCCAGCCUGGUGUCGGUGCUGCUCAAGGGCUGCCAGGACUCGUCGCCCGAAGCCCGCCUCCUGUGUGGCGAGUGUCUCGGCGAGCUGGGCGCCGUAGACCCGGGUCGCUUGGACCUGUCGCCGUUGCACAUUCACGGUGACCGCAACACCUUUGUGAGCGGCGUGGACCACCCCAACUUCGCUUACGAACUGCUGACCGAACUGACCCGAGCUUUUCUGGCUUACGCCGACAACGUCCGAGCGCAGGACUCUGCAGCUUACGCCAUCCAGGAGCUGCUCGCCAUCUUCGAGUGCCACGAGGGUCGUCAGGAUUCGCCCGGACGCCGACUGUGGAGGCGAUUCCCGGAGCACGUCAAGGAAAUACUGGAGCCUCACCUCAACAGCAGGUACAAGAGCAGCCAGAAGGAGGUCAACUGGGCCGACCUGAAGAAGCCCGUCUACCUCAGCAAUCAGGGUGGCAAGUUUUCUGAUUGGGCCGCCGCCUGGGCCGCCUAUCUCAUCAGCAAAGUGCGACACAAAUUGGCCAGCCGGGUGUUCACCUGCUGCAGUUUCAUCAUCAAGUACGAUGACAAGGUGACCAUCUACCUGCUGCCUCAUGUGCUGCUCUACAUGCUGCUGGGCUGCAGGUCGGCCGAGCAGGAGGAGGUGACAGAGGAGAUGCUGACGGUGCUGACGGAGAGCGAGGAGCGCGUCCGGGAGGCGGCCUCCAGCCGUUGGCAGCUCAGCACUCAGACGGUGUUCAGCAUGCUGUCGCACCUCACCCAGUGGAGCCGCCGCAUCCUCCACGUCGAGCCCGGCGCCAAGAGUACCAAUGUCAAAUCCGAGAGCAGCGACUACGAGCGCGUGGUGGCCUUCCUCAAGGGCAUCCCGCAGGAUGUGAUGGCCAAGGCGGCGUUGCGCUCCAAGGCCUACACGCGCGCCCUCAUGCACUUUGAAGCUUACAUCCUGGAGGACAAAGAGAACAUUCAGGACCACCUCACCUUCCUGCAGACGUUGUACGCCGCCAUGCACGAGCCGGACGGCUUGAGAGGGGUGGACGCCCUGAGGCGGGAGGAGCCGUCGCUACGGGAACAGAUCCUGGAGCACGAGAGCAUCGGCCUGCUGCAGGAUGCCACCGCAUGCUACGACCACGCCAUUCAGCUCCAGUCUGACCAGAUCGGCCACUAUCACGGCGUCUUGACGUCUCGCUUGGGCCUAGGCCAGCUGUCCACGGUCAUCACACAGGUUAAUGGAAUCCUGGCCGACAAGCAGCAGUGGACCUCGGAGUUGAACGCCUACAGAGUGGAGGCUGCCUGGAAGCUGGGCAAAUGGGACCUGCUGGAGGACUAUUUGAGUUCAGACCUCCAAUCCAGCACUUGGGGAGUACGACUCGGUCAGCUGCUGCUGGCAGCCGAGCAGCAAGAUGGCGCCGCCUUCUCCGAGAAGCUGAAGCUGGUCCGGAAGGAGCAGGUGAUCCCGUUGUCGGCCGCCAGCUACGAGUGCGGCUCGUACCAGAGAGGAUACGAGUACAUCGUCAGGUUGCACAUGCUGAGCGAGUUGGAGCACACCUUCACGGAGCUACAGAGGCUAGAAGCAGGCUCCUCCCCCGGCCUCAGACAGCUGCCCUCCCACUGGUCGGAUCGGCUGGAGAUGACCCAGAAAUCGUUUCGGGCCAAAGAGCCCAUCCUCGCCCUACGCCGUGCCCUGCUGAGCCUGCAGUCAAAGCCUACGAGCCAGAAGCUGGUGGGCGAGUGCUGGCUCCAGAGCGCCCGGGUGGCCAGGAAGGCCGGACAUCACCAGACGGCCUUCAACGCGCUCCUCAACGCAGAGAACACGCACUUGACCGAGCUGCUCACAGAGAAGGCCAAGUGGCUUUGGUCCAAGGGCGACGUCCACCAGGCGCUGAUGGUGCUACAAAAGGGCGUGGCCCAGUGCUUCCCGAACGAGGAGCCCCCGUCGGACCCUCACGACCUGCAGAGCAAAGGCCGAGCCAUGCUGCUGGUGGGCCGCUUCAUGGAGGAGACGGCCAACUUUGAGUCCAACGCCGUCAUGAAGACAUACAAGGACGUGACGAACCUUCUGCCUGAGUGGGAGGACGGCAACUUCUACCUGGCCAAGUACUAUGACAAAGUCAUGCCCAUGGUGACUGACAACAAGAUGGAGAGGCAAGGGAACCUCAUCAGAUACAUCGUCAACUACUUUGGAAAGGCGCUGCAGUUUGGGAAUCAGUACAUCUACCAGGCUAUGCCCCGCAUGCUCUCGCUUUGGCUGGACUUUGGAGCCAAAGUGUGCGAGUGCGAGAAAGCUGGCCGAGCCGACAGGCAGAUGCGUCAGGAGCUGUCCAAGAUCAACGCCACGAUGAGCGAGCACUGCACCAACCUGGCUCCCUACCAGUUCCUCACCGCCUUCUCGCAGCUCAUCUCCCGUGUGUGCCACUCCAACGACGACGUCUUCGCCGUCCUCACGACCAUCGUGGCCAAAGUCUUCUUGGCCUACCCGCAGCAGGCCAUGUGGCUCAUGACGGCCGUGUCCAAGUCUUCCUAUCCCACCCGCAUGCACCGCUGCAAUCAGAUUCUAAAGAAAGCCAUCAGCCUCAAGCCAUCUCUGGAAAAGUUUGUCAGCGACGCCAACAGGCUCACCGACAAGCUGGUGGAACUCUGCAACAAGCCGGUGAAUCAUGACUCGAUGAAACUGAGCAUGAGCAGCCACUUCAGGCAUCUGAAGCGUCUGGUGGAGGAGCCCACCUUCAGCCAGAUCCUCAUCCCGCUGCAGUCCGUGCUCAUCCCCACGCUGCCCGAUACCGGCGGAGCCAACACCGCCCACGACGCCUUCCCGGGACAUUGGGCCUACCUGGACGGCUUUGAAGACCAGGUGGAGAUCCUGCCCUCCUUGCAGAAGCCUAAGAAGAUCAGCCUGAAGGGUUCAGACGGGCGCUGCUACACCAUGAUGUGCAAGCCCAAAGACGACCUGAGGAAGGACUGCAGGCUCAUGGAGUUCAACUGCCUCAUUAACAAGUGCUUGCGCAAAGACGCCGAGUCGCGGCGCCGGGAGCUGCACAUCCGCACCUACGCCGUCAUCCCUCUCAACGAGGAGUGCGGCAUCAUCGAGUGGGUCAACAACACGGCGGGGCUGCGCCACAUUCUCACCAGGCUGUACAAGGAGAGAGGCGUCUACUUGUCGGGCAAGGAGUUGAAGAAGAUGAUCCUCCCCAAGAACACCCCCCUGGAGGAGAAGCUCCGCAUGCACAAGGAGGUUCUGUGCGCUCGACACCCGCCCGUCUUCUACGAGUGGUUCCUGCGCACCUUCCCUGACCCGACUUCGUGGUACAGCAGCCGCUCCGCAUACUGCCGCUCCACAGCCGUCAUGUCCAUGGUGGGCUACAUCCUCGGCCUGGGGGAUCGCCACGGCGAGAACAUCCUUUUUGACUCCUUCACGGGGGACUGUGUGCAUGUGGACUUCAACUGCCUCUUUAAUAAGGGGGAGACAUUUGAUGUCCCCGAGGUGGUCCCGUUCCGCCUGACCCAGAACAUGGUGCACGCCAUGGGGCCCAUGGGCAUCGAGGGUCUCUUCAGGCAGGCCUGCGAAGUCACCCUAAAGCUCAUGAGGGACCAAAGGGAGCCACUCAUGAGUGUCCUGAAGACCUUCCUUCACGACCCCCUGGUGGAGUGGAGCAAACAAGGCAGAGGACUUUGCAAAACUCAGGCCAACGAAAUGGGAGAGAUUGUCAACGAAAAGGCCAAAACGCAUGUGUGUGACAUCGAGCAGCGUCUCCAGGGUGUGAUUAAAAGCCGCAAUAAAGUUCUGGGACUGCCCCUGUCCAUCGAGGGCCACGUGCACUACCUGAUUCAGGAGGCCACGGACGACAAGCUGCUUUGUUUGAUGUAUGUGGGCUGGGGGCCCUACCUGUAAAGUGCACUUUUGUUCUGUUUGCAUUCACUUUCACAAAACUCAGUUAACCAGUUCCUGUUAUUUAGAAACUGACAUUUAUGUACAUGUUCUUGUUAAUAAACAAUUGUUUUGCACCAGU